CAUCCAUUAUCCUGUUUUCCUGCCUCCCAGACUCUCAGUUUUCCACAGGCCCACAACCAUGGCUUCUACUAAGCUUAUAGCCCCUCUUCACGUCUCCUUUUACAACCCCAUUUCAAAAUUCUCUUGGUCCAACAGUAAAGACACUGUCUUUCCUUCAAAACCACUCACCAUAGUUUCUGCCAAUAAAGCAAAAAGGAGGGGAAAAUUGAGGUACCCAUCUGAGAAAAAGAAGCUAAAACUCCAAAGACAAUACGAAAUCGAUGAAAGAAACAAACUUGAAGGUGUUUGGAGGCUUUUCAAGCUUGAAGUCUCGGUUGAUAAAGACCCUGGAAAAGAUUUUCUUGGUGUUUCGGAUGCUUUGCUUGAAGAAAUUGCUAAAGUUCUCAAAUUUCCGGUUGCUUCAAUGUUGCCACCAGAGGCUUUCACAGUUCUUAGAAAGUCUUUUGAUGCUCGAAAGAAGGAACCAAAGUUUGUGUACGCAGUGAAUAUGGAUGUCUCCAAACUUCUGAGCUCAGAGCCUCGUACUUUAGACUUUAUUUCUGAUCUGGAGCCGAAGACUGGGCUUAUAGAGCAUCUGACUGAUCAGAGAGAUUCUGGAGAUUUUGGUGAUUUAAUAAGCCUAGUUAAGAAUUGCAAAAAGAAUAAUGAAACAGAAGGUGUGGGGCCCAGAAAUCAUUAUGGGGGAUCACUAGUGUAUCCCUAUGCUCGAAAACCAAAAGUUGCAGUUGUUGGUAGUGGGCCUUCAGGCUUGUUUGCUUCUCUUGUACUUGCUGAAUUUGGAGCAGAUGUUUCAUUGAUAGAGAGAGGGCAACCAGUUGAAAGAAGGGGGCGUGACAUUGGAGCUUUGGUAGUUCGACGAAUGUUACAAGAGGAUAGCAAUUUUUGCUUUGGGGAGGGUGGUGCAGGUACUUGGAGUGAUGGAAAGCUAGUAACAAGAAUUGGGAAAAAUAGUUAUAGUGUUACAACAGUUUUGAAGACAUUGAUUCACUUUGGAGCUCCAAAAAACAUAUUGGUUCAUGGAAAACCUCAUCUGGGAACUGACAGAUUGGUUCCACUACUUCGCAAUUUCCGACAAUACCUACAAGAGUUGGGUGUCAUUGUUAAGUUUGGAACCAGGCUGGAUGAUCUGCUUGUGGAAGGUGCACAUGUUGUGGGUAUCAGUGUUUCUGAUUCAAUAGGCAACCUGGAGUCCACUAGCCUGAAGUUAGGAUUCGAUGCAGUAGUUAUUGCUGUUGGGCAUUCUGCACGUGAUACCUAUCAAAUGCUUCUUUCUCAUAACGUGGACAUGGUUCAAAAAGAUUUUGCUGUAGGUUUGCGGGUUGAGCAUCCUCAAGAAUUAAUAAACAGUAUACAGUACUCUGAAUUGGCGAAUGAAGUUCAGAGUGGAAAAGGCAAAGUACCAGUUGCAGAUUACAAGGUUGCUGCAUAUGUGAGUGGAGAAUAUGAAGAUGCACCCUUAAGUUUAGGAUCAACAAACCGUAGCUGCUACUCCUUCUGCAUGUGUCCUGGAGGUCAGGUGGUCCUCACUAGUACUGAUCCAUCAGAACUUUGUAUCAAUGGCAUGUCUUUCUCUCGACGUUCAUCUAGGUGGGCAAACGCUGCGCUUGUUGUCUCUGUAUCAUCAAAAGAUUUUGAUGCUCUAAAUUUGCAUGGACCACUUGCUGGUGUUGAAUUUCAGAGGGAAUUUGAAAGAAAAGCAGCUAUAAUGGGAGGUGGAAAUUUUGUGGUGCCUGUUCAAACAGUUACCGAUUUUCUAAAUAGCAAGUUGCCAGUAAAAUGCAUACCAUCAUCAAGUUAUCGUUUAGGAGUGAAAGCAACCAGUCUUCAUGAACUAUAUCCUCCACACAUAACAGAGGCUUUGCGGCAUUCAAUUCUGAUGUUUGAGAAAGAGCUACCAGGAUUUAUCUCCAACAGUGCGCUUCUCCAUGGAGUGGAGACAAGAACCAGUUCUCCUGUCAGGAUAUUACGAAACUCUGAUACUCACGAGAGUACAUCGCUGAAGGGGCUAUAUCCUGUUGGUGAAGGAGCAGGUUAUGCUGGUGGAAUUGUUAGUGCAGCUGUGGAUGGUGUGUAUGCUGGUUUUUCAUUAGCAAAAAGUUUAGGCCUUUACAGGGGAGGUAUAGAAGAUGUGCUGGGCAAGGAUCAAAAUGUUGGCUUCUUUAAAUACUGAGGCCAUGUUUCUGUUGAGGAGUAUCGAGCGAUUAGUUUUGAGUACAAGGAGCUUAUAUACAUUGUUGAGGACUAGAACAAACCACUUCAACAAUUUUGUAGACAGUCAACCUGCGAAAAUGUGUACAUGAUACAUAUAAGCUACUUUUAACCCCCAGUUGUAAUUGCUUUUUCAUAAUAUAAUUGCUUCUUCAUUCAUUC